ACCAGUGAAGAGCGGGGGUCGACGGUGGGAAGAAAUAGUGCUACUUUUCCCUCGUGUGAGCACCACAGCUCUUGAAAAGCUAUGUAUAUAUAUAUAUAUAUACUAGUUGCCAAAUAUGACAAGAUCUUCAACUAGAAGCUUCAGAAUCUUUUGUGAUAUUGUCAGUGGGGGAUUCUUAGACUGACGAAAAGUCUGCGUACGUUUCCAGGGAACUAAAACUGUGCAUCUCUUUUAACUUUCUGGUGGAACAAAAUGAAAAAAAUAUUCGCAACUUGGAGCUGAUUUCAGGACUCAAGUGGUUUGAUGGGAACUAGACUUCAACAAGGAAAGGCGAAAAUAUUGGCCACCCUGGUUCCCAUGGUAACAGUCGGUAGAUGUCUGGUGUGAGGAGGCUUCAUCAGUGAGGCUGGAGAGACAGGAGGCUGUUUUACACCAUUCACAAUGGAUGUCUGCCUCCUGUAGAGCUCAGCUGGAGGUGGUCACAAGAUGGAUACUUAUGGAUCUCCAGUUGUGGCAGGUUGCUAGAUAAAUGGCCACAAGGAAGCCCCCUAAUGAGAUUGAACCCGAGACGUGCUUUGUCGCCCUCCCGACAUCGGAGCGCCAGAUUGUACCGGCUGUCCAGCUGGAGCAACGUCAAAUCAAGAUGACCUACCUCACUGAGGCCGAGAUGCCACCAGCAUCUAUCGCCGCAGCAACUACAUCCAGUGGUGAGUCACCAAUGAGUGCAGACAUCACCCUGGAUGAGGAUAUAUCUGGUCAGUCCAUCGCCAUGGGAACCAGUGGUGGCCAAUUAUUGAUGCCACAAGGGCUGUCUCCCUCUCCAGACGUGUCGCAGGUUUUGGAGUUCUUCGAGGAGCAGGAUAAGUCCAGUAAGGGUGAAGGGGUCAAAAAAGUACCUGUCAAGCCACGAACACCCAGCCCUAGUCCGGUCCGCCAGAGUGUAGGCUUGGAUCACCUUGAUAACCUGGUACGGUUGAUGGAGCAACUGUCCAACCUUAAAGGUGAGAACUCCAAACUGAAAAGGAAGUGCGCCUAUCUUGAAAGUACAAAGAGCAUAUUGGAGGUGAAGACAGCCCUGGAGCAGGAAAUAAUGACACAGUCGGAGUACAGCUACACGAGGUCCAAGCAGGCGUCCUACAGUAAGCACAAGGUCAGUCGGCCUAGGCUUCCUAGUGCUGAGGACAUGUGCUUCUUUGAACUGGAGCAGACUGCUUCGGACUCGUACAGCCCAAAACGUUCCAAGCAUGUUACCCACAAGCGAAGUCGCUCAACCGGCUCUCUUGACAUUCCAUCCGAAAUCCUGGAACAAUCAGGAGAAGAGGACAAUUCAGAUAAACUCCACUCAAAGUCCUAUGAAAAGACAGAAAAAUCUAAAGGUUUAAAAUCUUCCUCUUCAAAACGCAAAUCUAAGGUGUCAAAUUGGGUGAAGUUUAAAAGAGUUAUAAGCAAGCCUAGAUUUCCAGAGGAUAUUGGAUUUAGUUUAAAAUCAAUUAAAGACUUAGGUAAGGGUAGCAAAGAAUUGACUGUCCCAAUCAGCACAAUGGAAAAUCGGUCUGUGGACAGUGGGGUGGGAAGUGGGCUUGAGGUCGAGAGUCAUGAGGUUCGGAGGUCAACAUCAUCAGGAGAGCCAUCUAGUCCAACACAGGGUCGUGACCUUGGGGUUGAAGGUGAAGGAGAAGAGGAAGAUGAGGAUGAAGAGUUUGGGACAGAAAUUUGGAUGGGGGACCCAGAAUGGCUAGAGAAACAUGAAAGUGAGAUAGAAUCAGAUGUCACCAAGGAGGUAGUUGUUUUAAAUACAGCAGGUGAGCAGUAUUUAAAUGUAGCGAUUCCUCGCCGAAAGUCUAGCCCAUCCCUACUGGACGAAACACCUGACCUGACUGAUGAAUAUCUCAACCUAAGACGUUCAUCUAGCUACAAAGGGAGGUCAUCACAUGGUGAUUUGUCCGAACUCAAGGUCACCCACACUGACUCUCCAAAACUGGGGAAGAAAAAACCAACGUGGGGAAAACGCGUCAAAAGUAUAGUUCACACGCGUAAGGAUAGUAUAAAACGUAAACUGAUCGGGAAAAAAGGGGAACUUGAACACAGCAAUGAAGAACUACUAGAGUCAGAGGUUUGUGAGGAACGGUAUGCAGAACAGGAAGGACCUCUGGGAAGGUCCACGCCAAAAACAUCUCCCAUCUGUAUCCCACGCCACAAGAGCUCAGAAGAAUCAGACCAGGGGGCAAGGGCACGAACAUUUCUUAUACAGUCCGGCUCCAUCGACAUGGAAGCAUUACUAGGUGGAGUAUCUGAUGAAUUUACCAAAAAGAUAGAACAGUGGGAGGAAAAGAAAAGUCAACAGUCUUCUGUCAAAGGAGAGAAGGGACGAGAGGAGCGCGUGCCACGGGACUCCCGAGAAGUGUCACCAGAAGGGGCCAGCAUGAGCGCUGAGCCCACAGUAGUGAAUGUGGAGGAGCUACAGCAGAAACUCACCGAGAGCUUCAGUAAAAAACUGGAGGAAUGGGAGAGAAUCAAGUACCGCAAAGACAGCGCAAGUCCCCCCCUGGAUAACAAAGACGCAACAAAAGUGUCAAGUCAAAUUCAUAAGGAUGACAGACUGGGCAGCAGAAAAGUUAAGGCUGAUAAGGACCGCAGCAAGCUGGAACGCCGGCGUGAACGCGAACUCCAGCGUGUGGAACGUGAACAACAAAAGUUGGAGAGGGACCGGAUUCGGAUAGAGAAGGAACGCCUCAAAGCCCUGGAACGUGAGGCACGGAUUGAGAAGAUGAAAGGGCGUCUUAGCCAACCAGACCUGGAAGCCAAACUGAACUCUCCUAUAUAUAGCCCCCUAGGAGAGUACAAAGUUACAACAGAGUUUGCACGUAAGUUGUACGAGUGGGAACAGAGGAGAGAGGGAGCAUCGUCUGCUUCUCUAGAGCAGCAGCGCAUCUGUGAGCUCCCAGGAGACAAGAGUAAAGGGGAUAGUGAGGGGGAGGAACACAGAUUGGCUAAAGGACAGAAGCCCCCUCCCCUCACACUACAGCCUUGUUUUGACUCCCCAGAGGAGGCCUCGCCCGGAGACAAGUCCUCCGAGGCAAGCUUUGGGGACGAUACCUCACUGACGGUGGAAAGUAUGACGGAGUCCAAUCUCACAAGCCUGGAGAAGGCUAACUGCCAGUUGAUGGAGCGCCUCCAUGAGAAGGAGAUAGAAUAUGAGGGUCUACAGGAGGAUGUCAAAGGGCUGGCAGAGAAACUGGACCAAGUCAAAUUCCAACAUUCCAAGGACAUAGAGAGCUAUAAGCAGAAAUGCAUUACAGGUGAGCAGCAUAUAGCUCCGCCCCUCGGACUAGCCACACAGGUUCAGCAGCUGGAGGCCAAAAUCGAUGAACUCAAGGACUUUGGUGAGAACCUGGCCCUGUCUAUGGAGAGUGCAGCGAUCUGUAAGUGGCAGAGCAUUGAGGGACAAGAGAAUGUGAACUCCAGGCUGGUACAACUACUGGAAGAGAUGAAGGGCGUACUCAUGCAGGCCUCGCAAUCAGAGGAAUGUUUCUACACAUCUGACGCCCUGGGUAAUUUUGAAAAGUUGUAUGGACAGGCUAUGCAACUACAGGUCCAGCUGAGUAACCUUAGGCUGAGCCAAUUGGAGAGGAACAAGGAAAUCAUGACGAUGAAGCGCCAACUGCUGUUACAGGAAGCGAACAACCUCCUACUACAGGCGGACAUCACACGGCGGGAGACGGAACUACAUUACUACAAGUCUCAGACCAAACGUGGCCCCUCCAUCAAACGUUGGAACACAUUUUCAAUAGUGGAAGGACGAACGGACGAAACCAAAGAUGCUGACAGUGUUCCGCCAUACAAAAGAUACUCCCAAAUCCUCAAAGACAGUGGCGAGCCAUCAGUAAUGGCUGCUGUCCUAGAAACACCCAUGGCAGUUAAUAAGAAGCAGGUGGUUGAGCCGUUGAUGGACCAGACAAGACAAUCAACAGCUAGUAGUGCUCAAAGUAUGUUUUACCUUGAUAACUUCCCGGAGUCCAAAUCUGAACUUCAACAAGUUUCCGAUAGAGAGCCCAUAGAGAAGGAAAUUGAACGUGUAGAAACAGAAGAUUCCGUCCAGUUGUCGGAAGGACAAGCGAGAAUAAUUAACGUUUCUCACAGUCCUGGCGGUGAGAUGCCCACGGUCAAACUACCCACUGCCAGCAUAUCUCUGCCACAGCCUUACAAACCUCAGCCUGUUCUUCCACAGGUCAUCCGUCAGCAAGCAAUGAUGUUACUUUGUAGACGUGCACCUCAAAGGGAGGAUGAAACGUUCACAUCAAAUUUGGUCUCAAGGAGUGCUACAAAACCACCACAAGUGAAAAAUUCUAAGGAAAUUUCUAGACAUAAAUCAGGCGACAGUGAUUUUGGUUUGCCUGCCAGACUACCUGCUACAAGUGAAGCGAGCAGUCGUCCCUCUCUGUCAGACUUGACAAGCGACUCUAUGUCGCAGUCAAUGGAUGACACUGAGGACAGCCUGUACGAGACUGAUGUCUUUUUCAGCAGCGUCUCAAGUCUAAAGCAGGUAAAGAGUGCGCCAGCGUCCCAGUGUGGGCGUGGGUCCCACAGAGAUACAGACUACGGGACUAAGGUUCAUAUCAGUCCUGCCGUCAGUCCCAUAAUCUCUAAACGCAGAACUCACCCUGCUUCUUUGCCCCGCACAAGACAAGUGUCGUAUGCUCAGCGAAUACGGCCAGCCGAGGAGCUGAUGGAAGAGAGCCGACGAUACAGAAAGGGACAUUCUGUUUAUAUGUCACGCAUUCUUCGCAAAUACGCCACCACUGGUCACAUGGAGAAACAUGCAGAACUAGUCCUAAAAGGAUAUGAUGACAAGGAAAAUGUCACGGAAGGAUAUGUGAAAAGUAUCGUCAAAAAGAUGUCUAGAGAGAGUACCCCGGAUUAUGAAAGUAGGAUUCACGAUAUUGUUAACUCUUCGCAGACAAAAUCCACAUUUGUUCCAAGUAUGGUACAAAAGUUGUCAACAGCAAGUGAACCUGACCAGACGCGUAGUAGUGUUCCAUUGUCUGAUCUCACAAACGGUGGUGGAAAGAAGGUUAAAUAUCUCGCCGAAGCGUACAGUAGUACUAGUUCUAUUAGUGCAGCUCAAACGCAGGGAACACUUCGCCGCUCCGAGUCUCCGCUUGGCUUCUCAUCCAUGCCUACCCUCCAGGUGGAGCAAAAAUCAUCUGACUUUGCAUAUAGGGAGCGUGCAGCUACCACGGCAACCUGUCAGGACGAUCCUGCAACGCCUGUAGCUGCAGCUACCAAAGACUCAUCACCACAACACAGCAUCCCAUCACACCAACAAUUCCCAAAGUUACAAAAAGUUAAAAAAUUAGGUAAGGUAAAAAUGGGAACCAUUGGUUUCCUCUGUCAACAGACAAUGGUGGAUCUAGGCAUCACACAGGUAUCACAGUGUGAAUCGGUUACUCACCUCAAACUGACAGUGGCCCGACCUCCAGGGCCAAGGUCUGGGGAAGGAGCCUCUGGUACCACGACUGAAGACAGGAGAUCCAGGACUAGCUGGAUACAGAAAAAGUUCUUCAAAACCUCCAAGAGCUGACACUGAUCAAUUGAAGUUCAGGACAAGCAUACCAGGAGCAGCCUAAAUAUCAGACCAGGCGACAGCUGCAUAUAUCUACAGUAUACUGACAGUAGAGCUGAUAUCACCACUGAUGUUUCUACAGUUUUACUGAUGUAUCAAUGAAGGGUAGCUACAGAACAGCUGAUAAACCUGCAGUAUACCUACAGUAUAUCUACAGUAUACUUACAGUACAGCUGAAUACCAUGCAGUAUACCUUCAGUACAUCUAUAGUCAAGUUGUUAUCACUGCAGUAUACUGUUAUACCUACAGUACAGCUGAUAUCUCAGUGCAGUAGAGAUACAGUACAGCUGGUGUAUCAGCUGGAAUAUGAUGCAGUAUAGAUUCAGUAAAGCUGGAAUAUACUGCAGUAUAGAUUCAGUACAGCUGGAAUAUACUGCAGUAUAGAUUCAGUACAGCUUGUGUAUCACUGUUAUAGCUAAGAUAUACUGCAGUAUUGAUUCAGUACAGCUGCUGUAUCACUGGUACAGCUGGAAUACACUGCAGUAUAGAUUCAGUACAGCUAUUGUAUCACUGCACUGUAUAUUCAGUUCAGAUGUACACACUGUUUCAUCAGUGUAAAGACCGACACUGCAUACUUUCCAUAGUUUCUGUGUUCGGACUUGAGAUGUUAUCUAUAUUUAGUAACAUUGUUAAAAGCAGCACAGAGUCCUUGGUGUAUAUUACAUUGGAGUCACUGCAGUGGACCUUUGGUCUGGAUGUCAUCAAUAGAAUGGAGAAUAAAAAUCUAAUCCAACUCUGGUCAGUAGACCCAGAAAAUACAUUAUCAAGUCUGGCUAUCGUCCGUAGUCUGGAUUAUAUUCCGGGUAACGGAAUUGUUUCAGCACUGUUACUGUUCCACAAACCAAAUCUCACAUGAAAUAACUAAGUUAGAGGAGUUCAAUUAUUGCAAUUCUAUCAAAUAUCAUAAAUUAUACUAUUUUAAAGGUACUAUUUAUCAGCCAUAUUUCCUAGCAGUAUAUAACUGAAAUAACUUAUACAUGUAUAAGGAAUGUAUCAUGUAGUUGUACAGUGGAACUUCGUUUGUCUGGACUCCAGGAAAAUGGCUUUCUGGAAACCUGUACCAAAGAUCUUAAUUCUUGUUUUCGAUCCUUUAUUUCGUAACCUUUUUCGGAAGCUGACUUGUCCAGAUUUUCGAAGGUUCCACCAUAUUUACAGCACCAUGCUACAUGAAAUACAGAAUAUUCUUGGAACAAGAAAUGGUAAAAUAUUUCCAAGUUGCUAUCAUUUCUUAACAGACAUUUAAUUUGUCAAAAAUAGAUUGAAAUAUGAUAUUUGAGUUUGUAUAAAAUUCCUAUUACAACUUGAGAUCUUUCCAUGGAAUUUUGGACCCUUGAGUUUCAAGAAUAUUGUGUUUAACGUGUCAGCUGGGGAAAAAAAUGUAUCUUACCUUUAGUAAAUCUUUUAAGACAAGGGAGAUAACUUUGUGAAAAUAUUGAUACAAAAUAUUUAUAUUAUUUAUCUGGAUAAUAAGAAUCACAAUGACUUGAAAAUGUAUUGAAUAUAUACUUGAAUUCAAUUUAUCAUAAAUUGACAGUUAUGUUGAUAUAUUCAAUAGCUGAAUAAAGUUGAAUUUAAGCAUCUAUACCAAAUUUUGAUAUUACAGGGUUGAACUUCAUACAUCAUUCUUGAAUCGGAAUAUACAUUUUUCCAAAUGUUAGGAUAUGAAUAAUCACAACACAAAUGUAGGAGGGUUCACAGAUCCAUGUCAUGCAUUAUCAUAGUGUUAACGAAUAAGCCAGGAGAGGUUCAAAAGAAGUAGUAACUUCAUUGUGACCUAAAACAGCUCAGUGAGAUGAGAUAGGAAACAGCUGUUCAAAUCGGAAUCGUGUACAGUGGACUAGAUUGACAUCAAAACAGUUUUACACUAAAUUUGUCAAAAGGGAUGCUUUUAUUUAACAGCUAAAACGGUAAAUAUCUGAAUUAAUGCCUGAAAAAGCAUUCUAGAUGAUCAGAUUUUGCUCAGAGGUUUUGCCAUUAGCUUUCAGGAAAUUAUACCCUAAUUAUCAUGAUGCUUUUUUUUUAAUAUUGGAGGUAAUCUCAAUCAUAAUUUUGUGUGUGUAGGCCUUACUAAUACUAGUAUUCUAAGGCCUCCGUCACUCUGCCUCUCGAUUUGAGAUGUGUUUUUUUGCGGGUAGUGCCAUUUCUACUUCUGCCAGACCAUGAUUACAAUGCAUCAUUUGGCUAAGCCAAUAUCAAGCUUGUAUUUUUACGCCUUCGUAGCUGUGAUCUCUUCUCAUAAUAUUUCGAUGUACUCAUUGCAUGCGAGAUGUGUAAUCAAUUAAGGUUCAAUAAAUUAUUAAUAGCAA